AUGUAUGCAAUUACUAGGCAAAAAGGUUUAUCCCGGGCCGCGUCGCCUUUAUUGGGCUAUAAGUCAUGUGGCCGGGCAGAGGACAUUAGGGCGACAGCUGCGGCCGGCCGCGGGCCACGGAGCCCACUUUGGAGCGGCAACUAUAAAAAGCGUUGGGCGGCUGGCAGCGUUUUCCAUUUGCAGGCGUCGCGACUUGGGGGACACUUGGACAAUACAAAAAUGCUGCGCCAUGUGCUACGCCACGAGAACAACAGGAUAUUCGUACUGAUUCUGUUGUACUGCGUCCUAGUUAGCCUGCUGAAGAUGUGCAUGGCCCAGGCGGACAGCGCGGCAGCGGGUGCCCGCGAUAACGAUAUCGGGCAUCUGGGCGACGAUUGCCAGGUAACGCCCGUCAUCCAUGUCCUGCAAUAUCCGGGCUGUGUGCCCAAGCCCAUACCCUCGUUUGCCUGUGUGGGUCGCUGUGCCAGCUAUAUACAGGUGUCGGGCAGCAAGAUCUGGCAAAUGGAGCGCUCUUGCAUGUGCUGCCAGGAAUCGGGCGAGCGUGAGGCCGCCGUCUCGUUGUUCUGCCCCAAGGUCAAGCACGGUGAGCGCAAGUUCAAGAAAGUCCUUACCAAGGCGCCGCUGGAGUGCAUGUGCCGUCCGUGCACCUCGAUUGAAGAAUCGGGUAUUAUACCCCAGGAGAUCGCUGGCUACUCGGACGAGGGUCCGCUCAACAAUCAUUUUCGACGCAUCGCCUUGCAGUAAAUAGAAAUCACUAGCUUAGAAUAUUUUGCACACAAUUUGUACAUUAAAAUACAUUUAA